UAUGCAUUUCCUAUACUCCUUCAUAGCGUGAGAUGGUCCUUCUUACUCAACUUGACUAGCAUGUGUCACGGCUUGGAUGUCACACCUCUCCAUCAACACCUCAACCUGCCGUUUCGUAUCCAUCACUCAUCCUGAGCCCAAGCCAUUCUUCAGGUAAUCAGAUUACUCCAAUCACCCAUCUCUCAAGGAGCCUCCAGUUUCUCUGGUAUUGCCCUCUUUACCUCCCACAGCUCCCUGGAAGCAUAUGCGCAAUCUCAAAUACCAAGCUCCCCAUCACGUUAACAUAGCUCUCCUAGAUCAACGUAUCAUAUAACGUGAGAGUAAAGGACCAGAUCAAAAUGUAAGUCAGGCUUAAUAGUACCCUCGUCCGCGGCUGCUCAUUUGCACAUAUUUUUCGUCCUCAUUGUACCUUGAGGGGUCUCAGCAGCUUUGCUAGUUCCUCCACCCAUACCAUGUUUACUUGUCGGCACGGAUAACGGAAAUGGCAGCAUUACUGACAUGCCAUGAGUUCUUAUAAAGUACAUUUCGAUCUUAAUAUGUCAAAAAAUGGCGAAUCCGUCCACUCCUACACAUAUCGGUGAUGGUCAGAAAUCGUCUUUCACCCCCAGUGCUACUGAAUUUGCACCGAAGAUGGUCGACUCAAAGAGAGAAGUCCUCAGAGCGAGCUUCGUCACACAGACAGUGCCCAAUGUUCCUCCCCAUGCCGGCAUUGUAGCACUUUGUACUGUGCCAGAGGAGAAAGCUGGUAUGGAACAUCUUGGAUGGCAUAUCGCCGACUUUCUCGCCUUCCGAGCACUCCUAUGUGGGGAAAACAACCCAAAGGCACAGAGUUGGUUAGCCAUGUGCGACAUUCCUACUCUGGCGCGGGAAAACCCAGAACGCUACGUGCACGGAAAGGAAAGACGGCUCGUGGGUGUCGCAGCAAGCCCAACGCAAGUUGAGACUCCCACCGGGCUCGUAGAACGAGAAGAUAAUAUCCAGGUUGAGACCUCUGCGGAGGUUAUAAAGGAUAAAUUCAUCGUAGCAGUGAAGAAGAAGCUGACAGUAUUGAAGAAAUAUGGAUAUCCGCUUUUUCUCAUCGUCUGUGGGCUGACAUCUCUGGAGCAAGAUAUCUAUUUCGGCCAGCUGGAUGUUGAUCAUCGUUACACGAUGAAAGAGUUCCGCGAAGACCUUGGUAAUGACAUCAAUCAUAUCGAUGUUACGGUUGUCACACCUUCUCUGUUCUCCGCCGGUUGGCGCAUCAAUACUUCGCUUGGUCGCCCCAACUCAGCAGAGGCGCGGGGGACCCGGGUUGAGUUUCUUGCGAGACAGUUCGGUGGUCUAUUUGCUGGUGAUCUUGUUCCAAAAUUUCUUGGUUGGCAAUGUCCGGCGAUAGAUGGGACCAAGAUUGACCUUGAAAUUCAGUCGCGGGAGAGAUUUCCCGGCCCUGUUGUGCCCUCGGAAGAGGUGAAGGCACUGAGUUCCCAGCUUGAAAUUAAGAUCCAGUCUUUUCUCCUUGGCGAAUCCAGUGCCUUCCCAGCAGAUCAUUCGUUUUCGUUCGACAAAAGCAAGGAUGAAUGGGAUGUCCUCAUUAGAUCUCGCGAGAACCAGCCCGAUUAUCGGUCGUUAGACUGGUACGAGCGGAAGUGGGAGGAGCUACCAUCAGCGCAAAAUCCCGUAUCUCCUCGCCAUGGUUUUGAAUUCUUAGGGAGUGCAUAUGGAGGCACUAAAAUGUCGCAGCUUAAUCAUCUCAGAUACCUUAUUGAGGAUUCAUAUCUGGCUUGGCCAGACUACUGGGCAUCGACGUUCGGCCAAGAGACGAAGAAAGACUUCGAGCGGUUUAAGAUCACGUACAACCCAGACUGCCUUGACUGCCUUGAGAUCUUCAACAUCCUUGAGCAUCGCGCCAGGACAUCUAUCUUAGGCGACGCAGUAAUUGAAUACUUCGACCUCCCUAUGCCUGAUAACAAGCGUUGUAGAGACUGCAACGUUUACAAAAUAAAACAACAACUUCCAGAAACAGCUCGAAGCUCAUUGAUAUCGCGCUUUGGUACAGUUUUGAUGUCUCUCCCUGGCCCUAAUGUGCCACCCGGUGUCAACCCAAACAGUAUGAGUAGGCUGCAGCAACGCCUGGAGAAUUGCAGGGGCUAUAUCCGGGCGUCUUUGGCGAUUCGAUUUCUGACAAGUGGAAGCUCCAGCCAAAUCGCCAUUGACCGUAUCGAGAACUGUAUGUCGUCGUAAUCUCCUCUCAUUAAGAUGUUGGCUAACAGAAUAUAGUUAUACAAGAGGUGAGACAAAAGCAAUUAGAGCUGUUAGCUGCGAACCCAGAGAUUCACCAAUUGUGCUGUAAAUGGUUGAACGCUAUCGACAUACCAGUCCAUGAUCUACCCGGUGCAGUGACCGCAGCUAGAACAUACA